ACUAUAGUCCCCAGGUACGAUUUUCUCCUUCGCUCGAUAGAUGCGAAGCAUGAGUCGAGACGCGUGCGUCCAACGCCCGGGAACGGUGGGCGGCGGGCAGCCGACCGGACCCCCGUCCUUCUCUCCUUGCGUCGUGGAAUUGUAUCCCCUGCAGUUGUUUGUCGUCUCGGAGGGUGGAUACAUCAUGUCGGAUGAGUCGAUCUGCCUCGACUCGCCCGAUUCCACUUUCGACGAUCCCCAAGUCCGAUUCUUGGCCUGUGCUCAGCUCGAGAGACAACAAUGGGAUGUCGACUUCCAGAAGGGAAAGGUGGUUCACCGUGAGAGCAAGAAGUGCUUGGAAGCGACAUCGGAUGGGAGAAUGACGCUGAAGCCUUGUUCUUCGUCUGCUGGUCAGCGUUGGGCAUUCGAGUCACAGGACUGGCUCUAACAACUUCCUUUGCCUCUCAUAGAGGAACUUUUGUGACAGUAUUUGUGAUUCCCUUUUUUUUUUGUU